AUCCUGGUACUUCCAAAUUCACUAAUUCUUUUAUGAAAAGAGGAGCAUCCAUUCGUCGGAGUCUGAAAAUGGUUACUAAGAAGGAUACUGAUAAAGUCUCCACUAAGUCCAUCUCUGAGGCCUCAGUGGAGGAAGACAUGGAGGAGAAAGAGGAGGAGGAGGUUCUUAGAGAAGAGAUCGAAGAUUGCUACGUACUGCCAAGUAUCCCCCUCACACCACUGUCAGUGAUGGAGAUCAACAAACUGAUAGAGACGGGGGAGCUGGAGGAGGCUCACCUGAACCUGCUCGCCCUGCGGCAGGAGUUUCAGCAGCAGCCAGAGUCGUGCUCCGAUGGCUCAGCUAUGGAGCUGGCCACGAGGGAAAAAGACCUCAACCUCCUCUAUGGAACAAUGAGGAAAAAGGUCAGCGACAUAGUGUGCGACCCUCUCUCCGACAAAAACAAGAAGCUGCUGCUCCAAAUGGCCCGCGUCAUCCAGGAGGAAGAGAAGAGAUUAAGAGAACCAGGAGGCCUGAAAGACAGCUGGAUGGAGGCUUGGAGGGAAUCGGUUAGUGCGGGUGUGCAGGUGAAGGUGCAGAGCGUUCACUUAGACAGAGUAGAGCAGAACUCCGCCUGGUUAGCUGUUCACUUGGGUCUGUUGGGUAAAGUCAUUGUGGAGGACUUGGAGAAUGUGAAGCAGGAACUGCGGUGGUCCUACCCACCCAGUUUUAAAGUCUUCAGCACUUAUGUGAGAGGUUAUAACAGAGUCGUUGCACAGCACCUGAAGAAGCUGGAGCAGCAGGUGACGGAGCUGAAGGAUUUCUAUGGUCUGCUGGACUGGAUCAUCAACAAGUACAAGAGUGAGAGGAUCAUGGGAAGUCUGUCUCUGCAGCCAGACAUCCAAGAUGAAAGCACUGAUCUGCAGCUUGAGGAGAACUUCCUGAAACAAGUGAAAGAGAAGUACUGCAGGAGAAUGCAGGAGGAACUGAGAAUGAUACAGGGCAGAGUCAUUGAACUUGAAAAUGAAGAGGUGUGGAAGGAUGGCAAGGCUCCAAAAAAGGAGGACAACUUCCCCAUUUCUUCAUUUCCCAUUGACAUCCUAACGAGCGUGAAAUCGUUUGUUUUAAACUCCAUCAAACUUGAUGCUCAGCUGGAAAAGAAAGUGGUUUCUUCCUGCCUCGAGGAGUUGAAACAGUUCCCAAAUGGGUUUGAAAAAGCGUUCAGCCAGCAUUGCACCUCUCACCAGCCUUUGUGGACAGAGUAUCGCAUUACAUACAUUAACAGCUUUACUUCUUUAAAGAAACACAUGGAGGAGUACAAAGAAACCUGUAAAGAUGGGGUGAACGGCUUUCAAAAAGCGGUAGAUAGUUUGAUUGACAAGCUUGUGCGAGACCUGGAGGAUCAGUUUAAAGAAGAUGUCAAGUCUUACUUAAGGAGAAUGAUGACAAGGAAAUGGCUCACCAACGAUGAAGACUUUGAUCAACUCUACAGCCGGACAAAGCUGCUUUCCCAGCACUGCAGUCUCAUGAUGCCACCACAAGCCAAGGCGUUUGCAAGCAAACUGCACUACCAUGUGGUGAUAGAAUACAUCGGUCAGCUGAUGAAGAGUAACUACUCGUGCAAAAAUCGGAAACACGAGAAGGCCGCGACCAAGAUCCGUCAUCAGUGGAAUAAACUCAGUGAGCUAUUUGAGGACAUGAAGUCGAAUAAUGAGUGGCUCUACCAUGUAGGAGACGACUUGAGCAACAUCAUUGGACAGAAAAACACAUCAGACAUCAAGAACCAUCUGCAGCCUGUAAUAGAGAAUUACCCAGACUUCAG